UCAGGCACGAGUAGUAACGCAAGCAGCGCCACUGUUCCCGGCGUGUCUGACGCAGCCGGCUCGGUAUACGCGCUCGAUCCGUAUCUAUUCGGUGUUUCGACGAUAGCAGCUACCUCCACGUCCGCGCCGAUCUAUGGACAAGACCCUUACAUCAAUUCCACUACAGCAGGGCCAACGGCCGGCUUCGCUACGCCUCGUGUUGGAUCGUUUGCAAAUUCCACCUCUGUCAACGCAACAAUGCCCGCUUGCUUCACAGAUCUUGCUAGUUUCGCAACGGCUAACUCUGCUUGGCUCGCUACACCAGGCCAUACCAAAGCGGAGAACAUGUCCAUGGCUAUCACUCCACCUGGUCCUGCAUUCACUAAUGCUUCCGUCUUCACUUUGUGCGAUCAAUGGCCUCGAGUUGCAGGAACAUGGACCGGACCUCUUACCACCGUUUUCGGAAUGAGCACAACUGAAACACUGAGUCCGUACCCUACAUCUCAGCCGUCGUGCUCGCUCAACAACGCGCAAUGUAAUAAGUGGUGGAGCACGCAUUACUCCUGCUUAGCCAGCACUUACACGCUAUAUCCAUCGUUAUGUGUUCCCUAUACGGCAGUUUCUGCACCAUGCCCCGAGCCGACCAGCGCAUCGCGAAACGACAUUUGUAAUGGGGACAGAGCUUGCACGAUAUACGCACCACAGGUUCAACUGUACUAUUGGCCAGUCACAACGAUAGGCGGGAACAUUUGUACACCCACCGGUGCUACCGUCAACCACACAGCGCCUGCAACGGCGUUGGUGGAUGGAACACCAGUUGUCUCGCCAGACGUGGCGCUCAGCUUCGCUACACUAUAUGCGUACGACUCGUGUGGCACUAUCGGGACGGUCACCACUGAUGUGGUCGUAACUUAUCCUGGCGACCAGAUCUACAGUGUCUGGAACCUCCCAACCGGCGUUCCCCAGGCCGCUGGACAGGGGUACCAACAAUAUACAUUCGACUACGCCCACUUAUAUCCAAACCAUGUACCUGCCGAGUAUUGGUUUUCCGCAACGCCGUGCGCUGCAGCAUACGCGUCACUCCAGACGGAGCUGUCAAAGUCCGUGCCCCUGUCGGUGGCCAUCUCAAGGCUUGGGAAGGAGAAUCCACGAUGCGGUACUAUCUGGGAAGGCAAUUAUGGCCCCGACAUCUACAAACCUCCUGCGAUUAAUUCUUUGCAACCAUUGUGGGGCAGCUGUACGGCUACUUGCGGUUUCUUCGACCCUCCGAAGCCACUUUCUCAGGCGGAGACCGCGGCCGGUGUCUCGACGACUGCUGGGGGUCUCACUUCCGCAACGCCAACACCGUCACAGACAUCACAGGUCGCCCAGUCCACAAGCACAACGCCUGGACUGACACCUACAGCAGUUGCUGUAGACUCGACUAAUUCGCUAGAUCACACUUCAACCGAUCCAGCCCUUCUGUCUCAGGCCUCCUCUAGCGAGGUUCCUGCGGUCAGUAACCCAAUAACUAGUACUGCAAGCCCAGUGCAGCAGAGCAGUGGAAAUCCUGCUCCAGCUCCGAGUUCAAGCUCACAGCAGACGCCUGCACAAGCUAUGGGAGCAUCCAGCGAUACGCUGGCUGCCUCUACAAGCACUGCCCUAAAUGACCCUGUUCAAGCACAGCCCUGAACGUCAACAUUGGAGGCUCGAGUGUGCAAGCAAGCUCGACUAGCGACGCCAUCGUGAUUGGAACUAAUACACUUUCCGUCGGCGGAGCAGCGCAAACCGUUAAUGCUCAAGUCGUGAGUGCGGCCAACGCGGGCCUUGUGGUUGGAGGAAGCACCGUAAAGGUGGCAUCCCAAGCCGUACCGGCUACGCAAGCUGUGGUGACGGCCAACAAUGGGCAGCAAGUGACCGUGGUUCAGCAGGGAUUGUCAGCUGUUAUUACGGUUGGCGAUAGCACGACUACCGCCGUUUUGGGCUUGCAGGCCACUGUCGCCGGACAGGCCAUUAGCGUCGCAAGCGGAUCUGCCGUCAUCAAUGGACAGGCAGUCGCACUCACAACCACCAAUAAUUUACCGUC